AUGGACUCAGUGUUUCUGCUAUUGGAGAGACAAAAAUAUCAACAAAUUACGACAAAUAUAACAACCCAUUCAAAUGAACAACAAAACCAAUUAUUGGAAUUCGAUUUUUCUCAAUUUUCUCGAAGUUUCCAUGAUCUACUGACGGUUAUCGAUGUUAUCAAUGCUUUGAUCGAUAAAACUAAAAAAAAAUCGAACAGUCAUUUCGAUACAUAUGCUGAUUUACAGCUGAUUAUGAAUAGUAGUCCGCUCAUGAGUCCUUCAUUCAUUGAGUUCAUCAAUAGUCUACCGACCGAAUCCAUACCAAAUCCAGCAUACUACAAAACCUAUCCAUCCUUAUGGCACAUUCCAGCCAUUUGUAUCCAAACUCGUGCAAAACUUCUCUAUCAUUUCAGUAUGUUUGUGGCAAAACUUGUAUCAAUUGUCGAUUUCAGUCUAUUCCCAGGACAGAGUAUUCUGAUAGAUAAAAUUCGAACAGCCAGAGCAUACAUGUUAUACGCAACGAAAUUUCAAUUGUUUAGCACAACCCUAGCCGUUACCACAGAAUCCGAUGAUAUGCCCACAGUCAAUUUUGAUACAGUUAGAGCAAGUGCUAUCGUCGAUCAUGGCUUACAUACUAUGUUCAGUCAAGCUUACGAGCAGUUGCAUAACGAUACCCAUUUAACGUUUCGAAAACAGAACGAUCGCCUAUGGAGCGCACAAUAUCUUGCAAUCCAUAGUACUGAUCAAGGUGGACCCUAUCGUGAUUCUAUAUCGCGUAUUUGUUCUGAUAUAUGUAGUACACAAUUACCAUUGUUCAUUCUGUGUCCAAAUGGACGGACAAACAGUGAUUUGACUCGUGAUCGUUGGAUUCCGAAUGUAUUUCCGCUCAAUAAACCGAUUCUAAAUCGAGUGAAAAAACAAUAUCGAUUGGACAAUUGA